GUAAAAAACACAUUGGAACUAAAGGGGAGAGCUAUCCAUUUACAGCUGCUGCCAGACAUUCGAUCGUGUUCGCAUGGCGAGGGGGUAACCUGAUCGGCUGAAGGCUUGCCGAAACCAGGGAGGAGUGACUUACAAGGAAGGCUUGAAAAAUGUCUUCUUCUUCAGGAGAAGUCACAAUUUCAAAUAACAUCAAGAAGGAAAAUGUGAAGACGGACAAGCGAGAUUGCAUCAAGCUCCUAGCGCUGGAAACCGCGGAGUUGUCUAUGGAGCGCGCAACUUCGAACACUGAUGCAGUCCACAGUGAACUUCUGGUGAGCGCGGCUUCCUCGCUGGCAUUCUCCCCGGAUCAAGUGGCGUGUGUCUGCGAGGCUUUGCAGCAGGGAGGCAAUGUGGACCGGCUGGCCAGGUUUUUAUGGUCCUUACCACAGAGUGACCUGCUACGUGGCAACGAAAGCAUCCUGAAAGCCCAAGCUCUUGUCGCUUUUCAUCAAGCUCGGUACCAGGAGCUCUACAGUGUUUUGGAGAACCACAACUUCAGUCCAUUCAAUCACUCCUCGCUGCAAGACCUCUGGUAUAAGGCACGGUACACCGAGGCAGAGAAAGCGCGGGGGAGACCCCUGGGCGCCGUGGAUAAAUAUCGCCUGCGGAGAAAGUACCCACUACCCCGGACUAUCUGGGACGGGGAAGAGACCGUAUACUGCUUCAAAGAGAGGUCCCGCAACGCGCUGAAGGAUCUAUACAAGCAGAAUAGAUAUCCCUCUCCAGCCGAGAAAAGAAACCUCGCUAAAAUCACCGGACUCUCCUUGACGCAGGUCAGCAACUGGUUCAAAAACAGGAGACAGAGGGACAGAAACCCGUCCGAAGCACAAUCAAAAAGUGAAUCUGAUGGCAACCACAGCACAGAGGAUGAGUCUAGUAAAGGGCAGGGGGAGCUCUCUCCAUGCCCCCUCUCCAAUUCAUCUGACGGGACGAUGACCCAUGGGGUCCUCCCCCUGCAGACAGGGUCUCUGGACAGUGGUGUAAUCAUCCAACAGAUUGGAGACAUCAAGAUACCCCCUGGAUCCAGCAGCGAGGUGCUCUUCAACGGAAACCUAGUGACAAGUAACCCCUCCACUGUCUUCCAUAACGGUGGCUCGUCUUACCUCCAGGCCCCCAGCAACAUCCUGUUCAAUGGGCUCAACCUGGGCAUCCAGCCCUUGGCCUUCAACUCCCUGCGGCCCUCUGGGGGGGUCUUGAUGGGGGGCUCUGGUGUGGACAUGCAGAUGCAGGCAGGCCAGGAGAAGGGGCUGGGCGGCUCCAGUGUGGACUACGCCUCCUAUUCUGGCUGUGUAAACGGAGCAGAGGUGAAGCUGGAGGGGGUUUACAGCAUGGCAGCUCAAAACGGCGGCUCGUCUGUCCUCACGUUCAGCUCGUCUUCAGGGGCGCUCCAGCUGGGCGGUUACAGUCUGGUCCACGUGCCCAGCGGCGUAUCCAACGGCGAAGGGACGUCACUGCUCAACAGCAACUUGGGUCUUCCUCCUCUGCAGCUCCCCUCUGACUCCUCAUCACUCUCACAAGGUACAAUCCAAAUGAACAAUGUAGCAGUCAGUUCUUCUAGUGAGGACUCCUACCACCAUCAGGACAAGCUGGCCAUGGCCCCCAUGCACCCCAGCACGGUGCUCUACAGCAUGGGCAACGCUGGACAGACCUCCAUCAAGAAGGAGCCCCUGGAGGGUGGUGGGGGUGGAGGGGUGUACUCCUACCACCAUGGCCUUCACCUGGACCCCAGUGGGCAGCUCAGCUACUCCUCAGACCCACUAACCUCAGAGGAGGUCCCCUCCAGCAGGGGCUCCUCCUCUGACGUAACCACCGUCAGCUCCUCCAGUCCAGAGCCUGAGGUCUACACCAGCCUCACCGUCAGCACCCCUCUGAUGGCCCAAACAGACCCUAACGGACACCAACUCCAGCCUGGGGAGUACCUCAGGGGCCACAACCCACAACCUGUCCCCUCCUCACACCUUCUGGGCCCUGGCAUGAACAACAACUACAUGUCUGUGUCGGAGAGUAAGGUGGACGCUAGUGGCGGUGGGGUGAAUGAGAUGGUGCGGGUCAUGUGUGGGGAAAUGGAUCCGGGGGAGGAGAAGGAGCUGGCCAAAUUACAGACAGUGCAGAUGGACGAGGACAUGGUUGACGUUUAACCUGUAACCUAUGACCUUUCAUAAGCACUCAUAUCUGCCCAAGCAGUGAUGUGGUGAAUCUUUUUACUCUUUUUUUUACCAUUAAUUUCCUCUAACUGUUAAAUUAUUUGCUAAUGUUGUGUUCAUUUUACCUUACAAUAAACUCUAUUCAGAUACAAACCCCUUGGAUUGGCACCAUGAAGUCAUCCUAAUUAAAUAUUUUAAAAUCCCCCGAUCUUUCCUCUAUGCCUUGCAGAAAGGCAUGACUAGCUGUUAUUUUCGAAGUCCCUUGCAUGCAUUUGAACCACAUUUGAAGUGUGCAUUUUUUUAAAGACAACACCUGCUACUUCCUGUUGAGUGGACUUGAUCUGCAGAACAGGUGUUGGAAUGGCCCUGGUCAUGUGACCAGGAUGUUCCUCCAAACUAAGUGCAUCAUCUGGGUGAAACCAAAAA